CAGAUGUUUCUAUAAUUCACCAGUUUGACAAAUAUGAAUCUGUCAGGUAACAACUUGAGUGGUCAGCUACCUCCCUCGAUUGCGAAUUUAUCAACUCUUACUACAUUACACUUGCAGAACAAUCAACUUGGUGGAACCCUUUUUGUUUUGGAAGACCUCCCUCUUCAGAAUCUGAAUAUAGAGAACAAUCUAUUCUCUGGGCCGAUUCCUCCAAAGUUGUUGACUAUUCCUGAAUUCAGAAAAGAUGGGAAUCCCUUUAAUACUACUAUUAUUCCCUCACCUCCAGCUGUAGCUCCUCCACCUGCAGCUCCUCUAGCUACUAGUAUUCCCUUUAGUACAUUGCAGUAUGAUUGGAUUUAA